AUGGCUCCUCUUCGGCACCUCGGUCCGGCCAGGAACAGCUUUCUCAAAGCUGUAGUCGGUUACUCAGCAAGUUCUCACGGCGCGUCUUCCCUCCCCCCACGACCAUUGCCACCUAUGGACUCCCAGCUCACCCUCGUCGACCCCACACCGCCGCUCUCCCUCGUGUUCUCCACCAACAGCAUGAUCAACGCCACACUCUCUGCCAACGGGCUCGCGCGGUACACAAUAAUCACAGCGCUCCAGGGCUCCGUAACCGACCUUUUCGAUGCGCGCACGGGCCAACUUCUCGCGCGUAUAGCCCGCAACGCAAUUCGGGCGGACACAAUCUCCUUUGUCAGCACCGAGGGCCAGGAGACGCGGGUCAAGCUGUCGAAGUGGAUGAAACGGUCCAAACAACCUGACGGCAUCGACGCGCAUGUCAUCGACACCGCUGUCGGCCAGUGCUUCCUCCGGCAGCACCUCGAAUACCGUCUGGCGCUCUACACCGAAUUCGACCCCGACUCGCCCGUCGCACACUGGGCCAGCCCCGACCCAGCCGCAUUGGCAAGCUUGCCGCCGACCUUGGUCAUCGCAGGCAGCAUCCCCGAGGCGUUUCACCCGCAAGUCAUAUGCGUCUUCAUUAUCGAGGAGCUCAAGAUGCGCAUGGCGGAGAAGGCGGAUCUCGUCGCGCUGGGGCGUGCAGAGGCGCAGUCGACGCCGUUAGCGCGCUUGCGCUAA